AGCGAGAGGCGAGCCGGCGCUGAUUGGUCGACGCGGAGUCACGUGACAGUGUUGAGUCGUAACAUGCAGUGAUAAGUUGGGGCUUUACUAUGUCUGCCGGCUCUCAGAAUGAAAUAAAGUUUGGAAUUCGAAAGAUGCAGAAGGGUUAUUGUGAGCAAAUGCCGACUUAUCAAGGUUUCUACCCGUCCGAAAGCGGAUAUAAGUAUGACAAUUCUUUCAACUACAACUCAUGCGGACCUGACUCCGCAAGUUUCUACGGCUCUACCAGUUGUGCAGUACAGAACCAUGCCUCUCAGAAUAACGGGGAAGCAUGCAUGCAAGAUUAUGGCGAUUCACAGUAUAAUAAUUCCUGUAUGCAAAACCCGUCCCUCCAGUGUGGACCUGGGGUGAACAAUCUGCACGCGAACUCGUCAGUCAAACAGGAGAUAUAUCCAUGGAUGAAAGAGUCAAGACAGAACUCCAAACAGCGACAAAGCGUAGCAGAGCCCACGAAGCGAGCCCGAACAGCCUAUACCAGCGCUCAACUUGUCGAAUUGGAAAAAGAGUUUCACUUCAAUCGGUAUCUCUGUCGGCCACGUAGGAUAGAAAUGGCGGCGCUACUAAACCUGACAGAGAGACAGAUAAAGAUAUGGUUCCAGAACCGACGCAUGAAGUACAAGAAAGAAUCCAGGGGGAAAGGGUCGGACAAAAUGGCUUCCAAAUCCGAAGGGAGUUUUUCAGGGAGUGAUUCGGAGAACCAUGACUUGUCUGGGGACGGUAUGAAACCCCCGACACCCACCGGGUCCCAUCGUCUCAUCCCCACCCCCGAUCAUCAACCCCCGUGUGACCAAACCCUCGGUCUGCACCCUCAGCAGAGACCGGGUAGUCAAGGCAGCAUGGCUAACGCUCCUCAGGUUAGCCCCAUAUCCCAGAGAGACAGCCCCUCUUUAAGUAUGAAACAUUCAGGGGGGCAGCCAAAUCUCAGCCCUUACCCACAGAACAGUCAAGUGCCGUACCCCCCGAACGGACAGUACAUGCAGCAUUCUAUGCCCCCAACGAACAGGGGUUACCAUGGUAACGGGAUGAUGAUGACGGGUGGUAUGUACCCAGAUAUACAACACAUGGACAAUGCUAACCAGGGACACUGUAUGACGUCAUCGCUUCCCAUGAUGACGUCACAGAUGAGUUGCUCAAUAGCUUCAAAUGGGUACAAUCAGGGGUCAUAUGAUUAUAUCCCCAAACUGACUCACUUGUAGACGGAAAUUUAAUUUAUUGCCAUCUAUUUUUGAAUGACUGAAAAAACUUGUUUUACGUGUGUAUGUUGCAUGCUAUAGAUAAUAGAGAUUAGUGAAAUCCACAGAUAUUGACAAGGAAGAUCGUGAAAUAUAUUCGUUUUGAAAAACCUAUCCCGUGGCCAAAUUCAGACUAUUAUUUAUCCAGAGGUAACAUGAAUAUAUGCAUUAUAUAUAUAUCUUUGUUGAUCGUAGUCACUAGUGUAGAUACAGUACUUACGUCAGUAGUGUGAUUGUUCUGAAAUGGACAUGACAGUUCCAUGACAAUGUGUUGUAGAUUUCAUGCCAAAAUACUCAGUCACGUUUCUGCUCAACGAUGACAGCAGUCUGUAAAUCCAGGGUUGAGUGAGUGAGUGAGUCCGGUUUAACGCCGCUUUCAGCAGUAUUUCGGUUAUACCACGGCGUCUCUGUUAACGUGAGAGGAAAUCCCAAAAUUAUAUAGGUCUUGCACGUUUACCAUUUUGGUGGAACCCAAUCAUUGCAUGAUGCUGAAUAACCCAGAAAAAACAAUCAAGGCAAAAUCGAAUACCUGCCCUGAUCAUUGGGUUCUGGCACGUCCAAGGGACGCAACUCACAGAGAAUUGCUGCUGGUUUUUUGUUGGGCUACAAAACCAAUGUAAGAAAUGAUAUCCAUGUUAAGUGGAUAUCAUAGUACAUUCAUGAAACAUAUCACUAAAUAAGAGUAACACAAUCUUUCCGAUAAGCCACGUUUCGACACAAUUAAUGUUCAAAUAGUAAACAUUGAUGCCAUGUUCUGUAACAGUUUUAACAACAAAGAAACCGUUUGAUCAUAUAACACAAACCCAAAACGGGGUUACAUUCAUUUUCCGAUAUAUUCAUGAAAUGCAAAUUUAUUCCAAAGAAUUGUCAAGAUGAUACUGGAAUGUAUUUUAUGAAUAUCUAAGAGAAAUGUUUAUGAAAAUUUAUGAAUGUUGAGACAGUCUAAACGCGUUUGGGCUUUCAAAAGCUCAACCGAGGUGACAAGACUUUGAUGGUCAAUGUAUUGUCAUUUCUUUUGUUAACAUCACAAUUGAAACUUGGUUCCUCAGUUUUUGUGUGGUUGUCAAAUCUAGGUAUGUAGGUAAGGUUAACGCUGCCGGCUCAUUUACACCUGUGCGAACUGACCCACUUAGAUGCGCCCAUGCGUGAUGCUUAUCGUUCACUUUGAUCUGCUGGGAAAAUUGCAGUACAAUGAAAUCGAGGUCUAAUCCUGUAAUAUCACUCUUAUAAACGAAUUAGCUCUGUGACCUUUUGUCGUCUAUUUGAUUGUUUUGAACGUAGUAAGACCGGUAGGAUGAUAAGGGCUUUUGAGCACCUGACUAAUCCACGCACCCACUCGGCCAUAUCUUUAUUGAAAGCACGCGCGACAUUUGGGACCGUUGUUGGACGAGAACAGACAAUUGGGUGAAAUUGGUCGGGGAAUUUCGAACUCAGGAGUCCAUUCAUCGAUGACGUAAUCAAACGCCACCCAACAUAUUGGACAAACAGUCGGGUGGACUGAACAUGCGCGUUACAGCUGCCUUCUGUCCUCGGGACAAUGAAAAGUCAAACUUUGAUCACCCGGGCGAAAGAAAAAACGAAACGGGAUUCAAUUAAAGGUAUACCCCGUUAUAGAAUUUUUCAAAGGUUGGAUCCUUUUGUUGAAAUCCGUGAUCCUUUCCUCUUAAUUUGACAAUUAUUGAAACUCGAAAUUCGACACACCCUUCCUGUGAUCUUGAUCGUUUACCUAUUAAGUCUAACGGGUUCCUUUAAUGAAUAGAGGGUACAUUGUGAUCGUUCUUGGCAGGGGGUCAAACAAGUGCUUAGUUACGUAAUGAAUGUGAUCUAAAUGAACCAGGAAAAAUUGACUUGGUAAGGUCAGGCAGGUUUAUUCACAGGGCGAACCCUGUUGCACCAUAGGAAUAGAAACCCACCAGGGGAAUAUGUCACAUAUGGCCCAACUUGUGUCAUGUGUUGCAAUCGUGACAAUUACUACAUUUAUCAUGGAUAAUUUGAAAUCCAUUAACGUUUAUCCUCAUGACAUACAUGUCAAUGUUCAUGACACUGUUUCAAGACAGAAUAUUUCUAUUCGGGCUCGUGGCAAAUUGUAUUUUGAUACACACAUUUUCUUUUAACAAUGCUCAGUUUCAUUUGAUAGUUUUGUUCGUUACAUCUUCAAUGCAGUUCAAUGCAAAACAAACAACAAGAUAAUUCGAAUAUAAAACAAUUAUCUAUAAACCAGCAUUAUACUGCAUGUUAAACGUAAAACAUUAACUGACAUGCUUUUCAUUUUUUCGUUUAUUUCGUCUCCACCAAUAAAACAUAUUUCUAUGCUGUAUUCCCGUAUUAUUGAAUUUGGGAUGCUUAUUUCGUUACAUGGCAACAGGAGCAAAUAGCGUCGGUAAAUCAGGGUACUAUUUAGGUUAGGAAUCAUCGCUGUUAUAAUGAGUUUGUCUAAUUUACUAGAUACAUACUGUGCCUAUACCCCACACCCACCCUCUAGAAUUAGUGUAGUGUGUCAAAGUUUGCAUUGUAAAUGUAGCGGCAUCGAAAUAUUAGACUGAAUUUUUGUGUUUCAUUAUUUGUAUACGAAAUAUGGAAAGACAUUGUGAUAUUUUUGAGUUUUUAAGUAAAAAUAUGAUCAAUAAUA